ACUUGUCGGUGCGUAGUACAACCAUCGGACCGCACGUGGGAAACCGCAGGGGUUCCGCGCGAUCCUCGUGCAAAGGCUGGAAGACGACGUUAUGUCACAUGGACCAACGCCCACAGUUGCGAACGCGUGGAACAUAUUAAAUAACCCAUUGUGAAAGCCCUGCCGAACUGGAUCGGAGGCUCAGGUUCAGUCCCUCUCGGGGUCUCAAUUACAUUUUCUUCUGUGGGAACGCUGUGGAGGUGUUGUCUCUGUAUACCCGCUCAUCAUGAAGUUCGAGGACAUCAUCUCUGACAUCGGAGGAUUCGGGAGGUUCCAGAAGAUGAUCGUGAUCAUCAGCUUCAUUAGCCGCUUCACGCUGCCCUGCCACUUCUUGCUCAACAGCUUCAUCGCAGCCGUUCCUGCGCACCGCUGCCACGUCGCCGCCCGAGACGACGGGGGGAUCUUUGGCAAUUUAUCCCUGGCAGACCAGCUCACCGUCAGCAUCCCGCUGGAGGAGGCCGGCACCCACAGCUCGUGUCGGAUGUAUGCCGAGCCUCAAUAUCAUCUGCUGCUCAACGCGUCCGAAGAGAUCCAGGUGCCCACCUUGCACUGUCAGGAUGGAUGGGUGUAUGAUAAUACCACCUUCAAGUCCACUCUGGCCACCGAGUGGGACCUGGUGUGUGAUCAAAGAAGCCGAAGCCAAGCCACUGCCACCAUCUUCUUUGUUGGGGUGAUGUUUGGAGCCGUGACCUUUGGAAGUCUGAGCGACAGGUUUGGUCGGAGGAUCAUGCUGCUGACAUCCUAUCUCUCCGGAAUGCUGUUUGCUCUCACCAGUGCUUUCGCCACGUCCUUCCUGAUGUUCGCAGUGCUGAGAUUCCUUACCGGCUUUUGCAUGACUGGCAUAGCCAUCGUCUCUGUGGUUCUCUGUACAGUAAUUCUAGAUACUCUAAUGGCAUUUUGUGUUCACCUCAACCUCUAUUUGAAGUGUUGUUUCAUUCAUUCAUCCCGCAUCUGUGUGUCUGUGGGCCCUUGUAACCUUCAUCCAGGUGUGGAGUGGGUGGACGUACAGCACAGAAAGAUGGUUGGAAUCAUUGAAAGCUUUUCCUGGACAUUUGGGAGCAUUUUCUUCGUACCCAUUGCUUACCUUGUGACAGACUGGAGGUGGCUGAUUGUUAGCGUUACCUUGCCCGUCCUCUUGGGCAUCUUUACAUGGAGGUGGAUGCCAGAGUCAGCUCGAUGGCUCAUUGCCAACGGAAAGAUGGAGGAAGCUCACUUGUGUCUCGUCAAAUGUGCCAAAAUGAACGGAACCGAGGCCUUCUGUCAAAGACUUCAACCCGAGACUCUGUCCUCCAUUGUGGUGUCAGAGAAGAAAGGGCGAGUGUAUUCCUACUUGGACCUGAUGAGAACACCUAAAAUGAGAAGACUGUGCUUAUGCACCGGUUCGCUUUGGCUCAGCGUGGCAAUCGCAUUCUACGGCAUCACCUUCAACAUCAGCGGCUUUGGCCUCAACAUCUACCUCACUCAAUUGCUCUACUCUUCAGCUGAAGUGCCGGGCAAAUUGUCCAUUUUCUUCUUACUGGACAGGAUUGGCAGGAAGCCCACGCAGGUGGGAAUGCUGAUGAUGCUCGCAGUCUUUCUGGGAAUCAACGUGGUGGUGCCAAAAGAUAUGUCUACCUUGAGAACAGUGGUUGCAAUCGUAGGAAAAGGCUUUGCUGCAGCAUCGUUUGGAACCACUGUGCUCUACUCGUCUGAGCUGUUUCCCACUGUUAUCAGACAAAACGGGAUGGGCUACAACUCCUUCAUGGCCCGAAUCGGUGUGGCCCUCGCUCCUCUGAUCCUUUUACUGGAUGGUGUGUGGAAGACGCUCCCCCAGCUCGUCUUGUUCUCCUCGGCUGUUGUGGCCGCAAGUGUGGCAACGCAGCUGUCAGAAACACGCGACCGUUGCCUGCCGGAGACCAUUGAGGAUGUCGAGGGGAGGCAAUAGGCUCCAAGAUCAUUACUGCUGGGAGUUUUAUCUGUUACGUUACCUCUGAUUAGAAUUUCAUCAAAGCUGUGAAGCUGGACCAACAGGACUGAGUACAGUACCGCUCGUUUUACUUUCAGGGAUAAAUAUGUGUGCAACGGCAAGUAACGGGGAACAAAUGUGAGAUUUUUUUGUCGUUUUGUUUUUCUACUGCAGGCGGCUAUUUUCAGACCAAUAUUCUUACCUGUGUCUUUGGUAGUUACUAGAGCAGCGGUCACCAACCUUCUUGCAACUGAGAGUUACUUCUUGGGUAAUGAUUAAUGGGAAGGGCUACCGGUUUGACACUGUUUUUAAGUAGCAAAUUUUAUCCAUUUAUUUGGGGGUAAAUCAUCCCCUCGUCGUUUUUUUUCUUCUGUUAGCUUUUCUCCACAUGCUUUGCUUUGAAUUUGGUCAUUCAUUUUGCUGAUCAUUAACCCAUCCUAUCCCCACCCCCUCAAAUAUUCUCUCCAAAUUUACAUCAGUGCAAGUGUGAUUUAAAUUGAAAGCUAAGAUACAUUUUACGAGCAAGAGGAGCACCUCCAGAUAAUUGACAUGUCAUGACAAACGCGCGGUGCAAAUCUUCGAAGCUUGUGACGUUAGACCUCUCUGGCGCAUGCAUGUUUAUUAGCACCCUCUACUGGUAAAAAGGUCAUACAACAGCUUAUAGAAAUUUACUUUCACAGCCUGUCAACUAGCUGAAAAAAAUAAUCAACUUAGAGGGACGCUUUAUAUUUGUACGCCAUUUGCAGCAGAAAAAAAAUUCGAUUUUUUUUCUAUCAUUAAUUUGAUAACCUCAUUAUUUUUUUCCUGUACAUUUAAUAUGGUUUAAAAUGGUUGGGUGGGCUGUGUGGACAAGAUGAGUGAUUUCUUGAUAAACACUCAAUUAGAGGUUCAUAUAUUUUACUCCUUUACAUCACAGCAUUCAAAACCUCUUUGAAACUGUAAACUGUUUUUGCUGUAUUUUUGUAACUGGUGUUGCCAAUGUUUUAGAUGAACAUUCAGGUUUCUUGGGAUGUAAAUGGACUAUUUAAUUUACAAAUUAAUCAUCGAAAGUAAAGCUAAAUACAUUUAAGAC